AUGUCCCCUUUCGGGCGAGGACCUCAUAUCCCCAUGAUGACGAGCGAGAGAGGCGCGGAUGGCAGAAGAGAAGACACAGUAGGGGAUCCCACAACGAAGACCAGCCGAGAUGAGCCCCACGAUUGUGAUCAAAUAUCACUGAUAACGGACAACUCGUCGCCAAUGGGCUCAGGACGACAUCACCUCAGUCCACCUCUUGGUCUGGCAAGGACGAGGGGGUACAAAUUGGAUGAGACCGUACACGUGGAUAUGAAGCGGCGGCGGAUUGUGGGCCGAGAGGACGUAGAAAAUGCUGACUAUGGUAGCGAGUCUGAGUUUCAAACACGCAAUCAAACACGCAAUCGCUAUUGGGACGGCUGUAUCAUACUAUCAGAUAGUUUGAAAUUUCUAUCAGCCGUAAAUUAUCGGUUGCAAAGACUGAUGCCGUGA